CCAUCGUGACCAAUAUGGUGGCAACACUGUGCAUUGGUUUCAUCAUGGUUGCUGGGUUUGUACGUGGAGAAAGAAUGGUCCACACGCUGCAUGUUAAUUCAUCACCUAUUGAGACACUACAGGAGGAAACAAGGAAGGUCUCAAGCGGUCUGGCCCAUCUUAAAACCAGUGUAGACGCCUUGGAGAAUUUAAUGCUGGACCAGCUGGAUGACCUUGAGAAACAAAUGAAGGACGUGUGCCGGACCGAUGUGGAUGAUGUUUCCAGAAUGAUGGACGAGAAGCUGAUUCAAAUGAGUUUAGGGAGAUAUUGCCCUUCUGACUUCCAAUACAACAAGACGUUGAACUUCUGUUUCAAGCUGAUCACUGCAAAGAAGACAUGGACUGACGCAAAUACCAAUUGUUUGAAUCUUGGAAAGAAUGGACGACUUGUUAUUCUGGAUGAAAGGGAAAAAUUCUCUGCUGUCCAACGUUAUGUUACUGAACAUCUAAAAGGCGGAGUAGCAUUUGUUGGUGGAAAACGGCUUAGUGGUAAACGACCAAGUCUUAAAAGGCUGACUGGUACACAUCUGAAUGGUAAACGACCGAGUGGCAAACGAGGGGACGCCUACGAAUACACCUGGAUGAAUGGAAAACCCAUCGAGAAGGGGUUUUGGUGUCCAAAUGAACCAAAUGAUGGCAUGCCCUGUGUUGACAUAUGGAAACAAACUGAAACCUGCCUCGACGACACGGCGUGUAAUUAUAAGGCGCCAUUCCUGUGUGAACUCCCCAUGUCCUGAAGCGCGGAAGACGGACGACUGAGGUGUCGUUAUUAUGCAGUCGGGCUUCACGUCAACAGGUAGCGACAUCUGCGCGACUACCCUCUUAUUAAAUAAAAGUCUCUACAGUU